AUGUCGGUCUACGAGGUGGUGAAGUCGUUUGUGCCCGAGGUCGUGGAGCGCUCUACGCGCCCGAUGCAGGCGUGGGUGCCUGGUGUGACCCCCCUGUCGACGGUGCCCGAGGUGGUGUUCAUGUCGAUCCUCUACCUGACUGUUGUGCUCGGCGGCCAGGCAGUCAUGCGCCGUUUCCCUGCGGUGCCUGCGCGCGUGCUCAAGGUGCCGUUCCUUUUGCACAAUGUGCUGCUGUCGCUCGGCAGUGGUCUGCUGCUGAUCCUCAUGCUGGAGGACGUGUACCCCUUCUUUAUGAAGCACGGCCCCCACGGAUCGAUCUGCCUGAGCGAGGUGACGACGAAGCGCAUGGAGCUCUUCUACAUCAUCAACUACUAUUUCAAGUACUGGGAGCUGCUGGACACCGUCUUCCUUGUGCUGAAGAAGAAGAAGCUGCUGUUCCUGCACGUCUAUCACCACAUGGCGACCGCCGCGCUGUGCUACACGCAGAUCCGCGGCCGCACGCCGAUGGCCUGGUCGAUUAUCUGUCUGAACCUCGCAGUGCACGUUGUGAUGUACAUGUACUACGCGCUGACUAGUGUUGGUAUCCGCUGCCCCUGGAAGAAGCUCAUCACCGUCUUCCAGAUCACGCAGUUCUUCAUCGACCUGUACAUCUGCUACUGGGGCACGUACAACCACUACGUGUACCGCUACUUCAACUUCCUGCCGUGGUACCGCGACUGCGAGGGCGAGCCGUAUGCUGCGUGGUCGGGCAUUGCGAUCCUGUCGAGCUACCUUGUGCUGUUCAUCUUCUUCUUCCGCAGCACCUACAAGAAGCCCAAGGCGCCUGCCGUGAAGAAGACCAACUAA